AUGCAUCGCCUCUCUAUUGACCCCACGGUCAAGCCCGUCAAGCAGGCCCAAAGGCGGUUUCGUCCAAACUUGCAAGGACAAAUCGUUGCGGAGGUCGAUAAACUCAUUGCAGCAGGAUUUAUUGAGGAAGUCCAGUAUCUGAUCUGGUUGGCGAAUAUCGUCCCAGUCAGGAAGAAAAAUGGUCAAAUCUGGUUGGCGAAUAACUCACGCUUUCGUGUACAAACAAGUGCAGCCGAAGUAACACGAAUAUCUCCGGUAGUCAGUCCAUUUCCAUCAGCCGGCCGGUGGGAGCGAGAAGUAUGGGAUAUGUCUGGUGUUUCUUUCAUCAAUCAUCCGGAUUUACGCCGUAUAUCAACAGAUUAUGGUUUCGAGGGUCAUCCAUUACGAAAAGACUUUCCUCUGAGUGGAUAUGUGGAAGUACGCUAUGAUGAUCCAGAGAAACGUGUGGUUUCUGAACCCAUUGAGAUGACCCAAGAAUUUCGCUAUUUCGAUUCUGCUAGUCCUUGGGAACAGCGUAGCGACGGAUAA